CCCUCAUCUCAUAUCCGAUCGCUCUCCUCUACUCUCCCAAACCCUUCCUCAAAUUUACGAUCUUGCCCCUCUGUUUCUCUCCAAUGGCGCCCAAGGCCGAGAAGAAGCCAGCUGAGAAGAAGCCAGCAGAAGAAAAGAAGGCGGAGAAAGCUCCUGCAGAAAAGAAGCCAAAAGCAGAGAAGAGGCUUCCAAAGGAAGGAGCAUCCGGAGACAAGAAGAAGAAGAGAUCUAAGAAGCACGCUGAAACUUACAAGAUCUACAUCUUCAAGGUCUUGAAGCAGGUUCAUCCCGACAUUGGGAUCUCCGGCAAGGCCAUGGGGAUCAUGAACAGCUUCAUCAACGACAUCUUCGAGAAGCUGGCCCAGGAAUCGUCGAGGCUGGCCCGCUACAACAAGAAACCCACGAUCACAUCGAGGGAGAUCCAGACAUCCGUUCGUCUCGUCCUCCCUGGUGAGCUCGCCAAGCACGCCGUCUCUGAAGGGACGAAGGCCGUCACGAAAUUCACCAGCUCUUGAAAUAGGGUUUUUUUUUUGGAGGGCGAUUCGUGGUGGCAUGAUUGUAAUUUCUUGGUCUUUGAAGGUUGUUACUAUGGUUUAAGUGUUUAGGAUAUCAUCUGAGGUGUUUGAUGGUUUGGAAUUGCUGUAAAUGUCUGAUCUUCGUUUUGGUUUAUGGAAUUUGAUGUUUUUGUCGA